GAUGCAUGUGCAUGCAUGCUGCUGUGCAGGGUGUGUGUUUCCUCUCACUCUCGUUGGGACUCUGAAGACGAGGAGCAGAGAAUCCAACAGGUACCAGCUGGUGAUCAGGUAGGAGCAGGUGCUGGUCCAAUCAUGGUCCUUAAAGUGAACGUGCUGCUGCUGCUGCUGGGCGUGGCCGCUGUGUCGGUCCUGGGUCAGCGGCGCCGCCCGGCGUCGACGGCCACCAACAACGAGUGGAACUAUAGGGAUGGAUCUGAGAAGGUGAACAUGCGCGGCGUGGCCAACCUGACUCAGAUCCUGGACAACUGGAGGUUUGACAUCUUGGCCCAGAUGAGAGGACUCCUGCAGAAUGACCACCAGUAUCUGCUGCCCGACUACGCCAGGAUCCAGCCUCUGGCCGAGGCCUUGGACGACCUCUACAAGGAGUUCAACGCCCUCAAGGCUCACCUGGGCGACCUCAGCGACAAGUUCUCCGCCGUGGAAACCUUCAUCGACGAGGUCAAGGCCGACCGCGCCAACAACGCCGUCCAGGCCCCGCCCCCAGCCCCGCCCCCGGCUCCGCCCACCCUCCCUCGACAGGCCGGGAGGAGGGGGAUGAAGAAGAAGGCCACUGCCUGAGCAGCCAACUCUUCUUCUUCUUCAAAUAAACUCACUUAUUGCAUCAUU